CCGCCUUGUGAGACGGUCUCACUCUCAGUCCGGGUGUCCUCGAGUGGAAGCCUAGGCUGGUUAGCCGAGAUGCCUUCCCUGGGCCUGGUGAUGGAGAACGGCCAGGUGCUCCCGGCCUUUCUGUUCUGCAGCACACUGCUGGUCAUCAAGAUGUACGCGGUAGCUGUCAUCACAGGCCACACCAGGCUGCGGAAAAAGGCUUUUGCCAACCCCGAGGAUGCGCUGAAACGUGGAGGCCUCCAGUAUUAUAGGAGUGACCCAGACGUGGAGCGCUGCCUCAGAGCUCACCGCAACGACAUGGAGACAAUCUACCCUUUCCUCUUCCUUGGCUUCGUCUACUCAUGCCUGGGACCCAACCCUCUGAUCGCCUGGAUCCAUUUCCUCGUUGUCCUCACAGGCCGCAUGGUUCACACUGUGGCCUACCUGGGCAAGCUGAACCCACGCAUUCGCUCCGGGGCCUAUGUCCUGGCCCAGGUCUCCUGCUUCUCUAUGGCUCUGCAGAUCCUCUGGGAAGUGGCCCAUCAUCUGUGAGCAGCAGCCGAAGCCUCCUCAGCUACCACAAUGGGGACAGAGCCCUGAAGGCUGAACCUGAGGACUUGGUGUCCCUUCUAGAAUAGGGAUGGGCUCAGGUCCUGGGUUCCUGGCUAACCUAGGUAUAUGGAUCUCUGGGCUCAAUGUGCACAUGUGUGUUUCUUAGCCUUUUGGGAUCCUGGGUGAAGUGCCUGAUUAGAACCACUUACAGAUGAGCUGUCGAAAUUGACAGAACAUGCUUUACCUCACAAAAUGCCUUAAACAUUGCACCACACUCCCUCUUACCCAUAAAACAAAGGACAGAGGAUUGUCCAACAGAGCCAUCAUUCCAUAUAGGGCUAAAAAUGAAGGCUUUUCAGACCUACCUACAAUUCUGGCCCAGCCCGAGGAGAGCCACCUGGCUGGUGUGUGUCCGAGGAUGGCCUCACAAGAGGCCCAGCAGUGGGCAGCUCCCUGUGGAGGUAGGGUGCGUGCUAUUUUUUCAGAGGUGGGAAGGUCAGAGCGUCCCUGUCCCCUGCCCCCUGUUGAUACCUCCCUGUCAUUUGAGUGCCUUGGGUAGCACAGGCUCAGGGUGGUGAGAAUGUUUCACGGCUCAGCCUGCUUGUGCAAGGCCUUGGCUCCUCCACAGACUGAAAGGAUGGGCUUUGACCAACCACUGAAAGGGAGCUUUGGGCUUCUUCAGCUCUGUGAGGUUUGAAGAUGCCAAAUGUCUACUCCUGUGGCAAAUCUCACUUAUGUGUGUGUGUGUAUGGUGUCCCUCUAGAGUCCUCCUUGAGACCUGUUCAGGUUUAGUCAUUAAACAGCAGAAUGUGA